GCCUGAUACAAAACUUUUAAAGCCUUAUGAAUGUUUCAAGGGUGCUCACUGAUUAUACACUGUUUCCUCUCGUGUGGUCCACUUGAGUGUUGGUUCCAGCUCAUUUUUUGCCUAAUAUUUUGAAAUAAUCUCGAAACACGGAUGGACGGAGUGGAUUUUUCACAAACAUCUCUGUGGACCCCACCCAGCAUCCUCGCAAUUAUACACGCCUCUCUAAUUCUUGCAAGUGGGAUCCACGGCUCGGUAAUCCACACCAUUGCUCAGUUCAAUCUCAGAUCGGAAUAUCCCAGAGAUCACUGUCAGGGUGUCCUUUCGUUUGAACGUUAGACAUUGUUACAUCCAUAUGAGACAGAUCCACGAUCAACAGUCAUCUACGGUGGGAUACAACAAACCGACGGUUUGGAUUACGAAAAAAGUGGCCCCACUCGUCAGAAUUUCGACCCCAAAUGUAUGAUGAGUAGAAGAAGUGCAGGGCAUCUGUUUGAUAUAAUUCCUCGCCGACUCUGUCUAUUUUUCUGCCUUGUUCGCUCCCGCAGCGGAAAACGUGAAAUGGCUAACGCCGUCGUUGGUUUCCCUUCUCAGAACUCCUUUCCUCCCUCAAAUCCCUCACAGCACCCGAGUGGGACCGAGGACCCGAGCCAUCCUGAAAAGCUCAAGCUUCCGAGCUACAAAUGGCGCUUGGUUAUAGCAUACGACGGCACCAAUUUCUCAGGAUGGCAGUAUCAAGAAUCAACACCAACCAUACAAUGCAUUAUCACAAAAGCCUUAAUGCGCAUUACAAAGCUAGAAAGACAUGAACUUUGUUUGGCUGGUGCGAGUAGGACAGACAGUGGAGUUCAUGCCUGGGGUCAGGUGGCACACUUUCUUACACCUUUCUCCUAUGACAGCUUGGACAGUCUUCAUGCAGCACUUGGUGGACUUCUUCCUUCUGAAAUUCGAGUUAGAGAGAUAAGUCCAGCACGGCCCGAAUUUCAUGCCCGCUUUUCCACAGAGAGCAAGAUUUAUCACUACAAGAUAUAUAAUGGCCCUAUCAUGGAUCCGUUCCAGUGCCGCUAUGCUUACCACAGCACUUAUAAUCUCAAUGCUGCUGCUAUGAAGGAAGCUGCAAAACAUUUCGUCGGGAAGCAUGAUUUCUCUGCUUUUGCUAAUGCAACAACUGAUGAUAGACCACGAGAUCCUAUAAAGGAUAUUUCCCGGUUCGAUGUGGUUGAAUUGGGUGCAGUUUUGCAGCUUGAGGUUGAAGGCUCCGGUUUUCUGUACAAACAAGUAGGUCUGUUGAUUCAAAUAGGAAGGGAAGCACUUCCUCCUUAUAUUGUCCCCGAUAUGAUAGCUACACGGGAUCGCAGAGAACUUGCAAAGUUCACCUUGACAGCUCCACCUCAUGGACUCUGUCUUAUGUCUGUCAAGUACAACCAAGAAAUCCUACAGCCUCCACUAGGUAGCCUGCCGAUCAGUUAUGGUAGGCAUCAUUCUGUAAGUAAAUGUAAGCUUCCAUUUUACUGAUACCAUGGCCAUACAUGCAAAUUUCAAUUGCUAUUUUCUCCUUACGAGAAAUGUGAAUGGGUUUUAUUUAGUGUC